GCGGCGCGGCGCUGGUGCUGGCGGGCUUCGCCGAGACUCCGGGUGGACGCGGCCGGCGCCGGCUUGUGGGCUCGCCGCCUGCAGCCAUGACCCUCGCAGUCCGCUCCUCGGCUGCGGCCCGGGCCGUCUAAUAUCCCACACAGGCGCGCGCAGCUGUUGGAGAGCCGGCCGCCCUUCCCUCGUCGCCCUUGGCGCCUUAUCACACUCCCUGUCCCGGAGCUGGGAGCAGCGCGGGCAAGCCGGCGCCCCCGUGCAAACUGGGGGUGUCUGCUGGAGCCGCCCCCGCCGCCGCCGCUGCUGCCCCGGGCUCUGGCCAUGGCCUGGCGGGGCGCAGGGCCGAGCGCCCCGGGGGCGCCCAGGGGCGCCGGACUCCGUCUAGGGCUGCUGCUGCAGUUGCUCCUGCUCCUGGGGCCGGCGCGGGGUUUCGGAGACGAGGAGGAACGGCGCUGCGACCCCAUCCGCAUUUCCAUGUGCCAGAACCUUGGCUACAACGUGACCAAGAUGCCCAACCUGGUGGGGCACGAGCUGCAGACGGACGCCGAACUGCAGCUGACAACUUUCACGCCGCUCAUCCAGUACGGCUGUUCCAGCCAGCUGCAGUUCUUCCUUUGUUCGGUUUAUGUGCCAAUGUGCACAGAGAAGAUCAACAUCCCCAUCGGCCCGUGCGGCGGCAUGUGUCUUUCAGUCAAGAGACGCUGUGAGCCCGUCCUGAAGGAAUUUGGAUUUGCCUGGCCGGAGAGCCUGAACUGCAGUAAAUUCCCACCACAGAACGACCACAACCACAUGUGCAUGGAAGGGCCAGGUGAUGAAGAGGUGCCCUUACCACACAAAACCCCCGUGCAGCCUGGGGAAGAGUGUCACUCCGUGGGAAGCAAUUCAGAUCAGUACAUCUGGGUGAAAAGGAGCCUGAACUGCGUCCUCAAGUGUGGCUAUGACGCCGGCUUGUACAGCCGCUCGGCCAAGGAGUUCACCGACAUCUGGAUGGCCGUGUGGGCCAGCCUGUGCUUCAUCUCCACUGCCUUCACGGUGCUGACCUUCCUCAUCGACUCGUCCAGGUUUUCCUACCCUGAGCGCCCCAUCAUAUUUCUCAGUAUGUGCUAUAAUAUUUAUAGCAUUGCUUAUAUUGUCAGGCUGACUGUAGGCCGGGAAAGGAUAUCCUGCGAUUUUGAAGAGGCAGCAGAACCCGUUCUCAUCCAAGAAGGACUUAAGAACACAGGAUGUGCAAUAAUUUUCUUGCUGAUGUACUUUUUUGGAAUGGCCAGCUCCAUCUGGUGGGUUAUUCUGACACUCACUUGGUUUUUGGCAGCCGGACUCAAAUGGGGUCAUGAAGCCAUUGAAAUGCACAGCUCUUAUUUCCAUAUUGCAGCCUGGGCUAUUCCUGCAGUGAAAACCAUUGUCAUCUUGAUUAUGAGACUGGUGGAUGCGGAUGAGCUGACGGGCCUGUGCUAUGUUGGGAACCAAAACCUCGAUGCCCUCACUGGCUUCGUGGUGGCUCCCCUCUUCACUUACUUGGUGAUCGGGACCUUGUUCAUUGCAGCAGGUUUGGUGGCUUUGUUCAAGAUUCGGUCAAAUCUUCAAAAGGAUGGGACAAAGACAGACAAGUUAGAAAGGCUGAUGGUCAAGAUUGGGGUCUUCUCAGUACUGUAUACGGUUCCUGCAACCUGUGUAAUUGCCUGUUAUUUCUAUGAAAUUUCUAACUGGGCGCUCUUCCGGUAUUCUGCAGAUGAUUCCAAUAUGGCGGUAGAGAUGUUGAAAAUUUUUAUGUCUUUGCUGGUGGGCAUCACUUCGGGCAUGUGGAUUUGGUCUGCCAAAACUCUUCACACGUGGCAGAGGUGCUCCAACAGAUUGGUGAAUUCUGGGAAGGUAAAGAGAGAGAAGAGAGGGAAUGGUUGGGUGAAACCUGGGAAAGGCAAUGAAACUGUGGUUUAAGGCCAGCCAGCCUCCACGCUUUCCUCAUUUGGAAUGGGGGAAUGCCAGCGUUUCAGUGGUGAUGCUACUAAAAGUUUUAUGCAGUGAAUCCAGCAACAUUUAAGGCCCCCCCCCCAAUCUACCGUCUCUACCGACCAUGCCACCAACAUAAAACCAGUCAUUUUGCUGCAGACUUUGGAAUGAUCCAAAAUGGAAAAGCCAGUUAGAGGCUUUCAAAGCUGUGAAAAAUCAGAAUGUUGAUCACUUUAGCAGGUCACAGCUCGGAGUGUGGAGGUCCUGCCUAGAUUCCAGGAAGUCCAGGGCAAUGCUGUUUUCCCCUACAGGGUGGGAUUUGAGCUGUGAGUUGGUAACUUGCAGGGAGACAGAUUAAUUUCUUUUAACCCUUUUAAAUUUUAAAUACUAACUGGGUCUUUCAGAUAGCAAAGUGAUCUAUAAACACUGGAAAGGCUGGGUUCAGAGAAGUGUUAUAAGAGUUUUAUAGUUUGGCUGAUCUAACAUAAACAUCUUCUGUGGUGCACUGCCUGCUGUUUGGAACUUGGUGGAUUGCACUCCCAAGAGGUGGUGUCAAAAUCUUUCAGUGCCUUUGUCAUAAAACAGAAUUGUUUGAACAAACAACAGUCCUGUAUUAACACACAUGAGGUAUCCACAGGAUUUUUCUUCUCUCUCUUCCUCUCUUAAAUUUCACCGUCUCUGUUCUAGGCUGCUGCUGUUUUCUUCGUUGUACACUAAUGACUCAAAAAAGGUAUUUUUAUAGGAAUUUUUGCACUGCAGCAUGCCUAAUGAAGGGAAGGGAAGGGUGAUUCACUUUCUGACAAUCACUUAAUUCAGAGGAAAAUGAGAUUUUACUAAGUUGACUUACCUUACCGACCCUGGAGACCUAUUGCAUUGAGCAAUGGGGACUUAAUAUAUUUUACUUUGUGUGAUUGCAUCUAUGCAGACGCCAGUCUGGAAGAGCUGAAAUGUUAAGUUUCUUGGCAACUUUGCAUUCACACAGAUUAACUGUGUAAUUUGUGUGUGUCAAUUACAAUUAAAAGCACAUUCUUGGACCAUGACAUAGUAUACUCAACUGACUUUAAAACUAUGGUCAACUUGCAUUCUCAGAAUGAUAGUGCCUUGUUUCCUUUAGCGUAAGAAUGUUAUCAGAGCCUGGUCUACUUACCACAAUGGAGUCUUAUUCAGUUUUGUAAAGAGAGCUAAGGACAGCUAAUCCAACUACUUGGUGCAUAAUUGUUUCCUAGUAAUUGGCAAAGGCUCCUUAUAAGAUUUCAUUGGAGGCAGUGUGGCCUGCAGUAUUUAUAUGGUGCUUAAUGAAUCUCCAGAAUGCCAGCCAGGAGCUUGAUUGGUUAGCAGGGAAUAAAGUGUAGACCAUAUGAAAUGAACUGCAAACUCUAACAGCACAGGUCUUAAUUGCCUUUUGCAAAGGUAUCCAAAGCUUUUAAAAUUUAUGCUUUACCGUUCCUCACAAGGGGGUACCCCCCAGCAGCCUCUCAAAAGUUGCACUUCUUUUAAAAUUGUAACUGGCCUUUCUCUCUUAACCAGCCUUAGGCUUUCUAAUCACCAAAUCUCUGGGACAAAUUGUUGACAUUGUCACAGGUUGCUCUCCUUGUAACUUAUACCUGUCUUUGCUUUAGCAACUGUUCUGCAAUGACUCAUUAUUUAUUAAUUCCUGCCUUUAUUUUUUUUUCAAAUAGGUAAGAAAGCUUUUUUUUUUUAAAUCACACUUCUUUAUGGAGAAACAUUUCCAGGGACUCAAAAUUCCCAAAUCUGGAAAUAAACGUGUCUUUCUUUUUUCUUUUUUGGUUUGAAUGUUAUGCCCAUGGUUUGACAUUUUCCUUCCUUCUUUCUUCUGUGUUUGUGUGGUUCCUGAAUCAACAUGCAUAUAUGGUUCAUUGAGUGUUUUGGAAGGGAGACUCUUGGGGCUUUGAAGACAGAACUAAGUGGGUCAGAUGGUCCUGGUGCUCCAUGGCAGCCUGAGUACCUUGACUGGACUCAGCGUCAAGGCCCUGGAGCAUGAGAACGGGUCUCCAAAAGAACCAGUUUCACUUCAUCGGGGCCUGCGUUGCUUACGAAAUGUAAAAUGUGCUGUCUUCCAACAUUUCCCAUAGCUAUGCAGGGCUCUAAGCAUGCACCCAGGGGCGGAGCCUGCCCUUACUCACGCUCUACUCUGGUGUUUUGGGAGUUGCUCCAGGAAGGGAAGGGACUGGCCUUGCAGUUGGACUGUAAGAGUUUGUAAUGCUUCAGUAACUGUGUGACCAAGGCAGUACCUAGCAGAGGGCUGGGCAUGGAGUAGGUGCUCAAUAUUUGUCAAUGAUUAAAUCAUAAUAAUAACAAUGAAAGAGCACUUGAGUCUUACUUACCUGAGCUAGUACUAACCAGAGCUAGUGCUCUGACAACUUUUGGGGCUUGCCAUGUCUGUCCCGCAAACCUCUUGCCUUCUCAGGAGAAGAUGUAUUUGCUCAGAAGGGGCUGUUGGUACAGACUGGAUCAUAUCAGCUUUAGCAAUGCCACGGGGUUAUAGGACUUUCUGUUCACAUUCCAGACAAUGGAGAGUGUUUGGUUUCAGGAAAGGAACUUGUGUCUGAGGAAUCAGUUGCCAAUGACCUUCAAGCGACUCCAUCACCUCUUAGAAUUUUUUUUUUAAGUGAAGCAUCAGCAGCACGUGUAUGGAGUGCCAGCUGUGUGUAAAGCCCCAUGAAGGGAUGUUAUGAGAGAUAAACCCUGUUCUUCUAGCUGGUCUAGGGUAGGUAAUACCUGAGUCUGCUGAACUUUGCUGUUGGUUUUGUGACGGAGCAGAGCUUCCUCAAAUUCCCGUCUGUUUCAUUGCCUCCAUUUCAUGAACCUCUUCCCAGGUUUCUGUCUUUAAGACAUUUCUCACCCCUUCCCAGAAUGCCUUCAAAUCAAUUACAGGAGUUUUUACAGAAUGCACACGGUCUGUUUCGUGACAAUCUCUGGAGAAAUUCCCUAGGAAGAUGAUGAGAACAGACUGUAAGGACACAAGCGCCUGCAUCUUCUGCCUCUUUGGGGACAAGGCAGUUCAGGGCUUGGGAUGUUCCAUGCGACUUGUGUUAAGUGUAUUGGAGGACAGACAGCAUCUUGCUAGAGAAAAGGCGAGGGUGGUUUUUCUGAAAUCUAGGUAAGUAGUACGAUUGAAGCUUUCUAUAAAAAUCCCUUAGCCCCCAGAGAUUUUUAUGAACCAGGGCCCGAGGGCAUCUCUGUCCAACUUUCUUUCUGGCAGGCUCUUUGCUCCUGCUUCCUAAAGGCCAAACCUCAGGGCAGAGGAACAAGAGGCAGGGUGGAACUGGCCAGAACCAUCUGGUUGAGCGACUUGGUUGAUUCAUAUCCUUUUUCCUUUAUGGAGGCCCAUUUCCUGAUCUCUGAGACUGCCUCUGAGCUGGCAGCUUGCUCAGAGGCCUGAAAUCGGAGAAGCAAUGACACUUUUUACUUCCUUGAGACACUCAGACUUGACUUUCCUGCGUCACUCACCUGUACUGCCCAAACCCAGAAUCUGGGGAGCUUCUGCCUUCUAUUCUGAAUUGUGAUUCUAUCCAGCACCUUCCACUCUGCCCUCCCAGGUCACCCUCAGCUCCUGCUCAUGGCAUUCAGUGCUCCUUGUGUUGGGACCCAGGCUGGGGCUUCAGGACAUAGUGAUGAAUCUGGCAACCUCAGCCCAGGAGGUACAGAUUUGGUGUAAGGGAUUUCAGCAGGACAGUGCAGCCUUUGGCUCUGGUGAGGUAGCCAGAGCAGCAGUUAGGAAAGGGAGUCCUAGAGCACAGACUCUGGAAGGAACCUCUUCAUCUCUGCCUACCCUGAACAUCAUUCUCUGAUGGGGGGCCUUGGAGAGGGUUGUUAUUCCAGCUAAUCAUGUGGAGUCACUGGACUCUUGACAAUUAAUUGUGUUCCUUUAUUAUAUUUGGGUUCAGAGUCCCUGUCUGAGUUUGCAUUAUAUUUGGCAAAGGACCUGGGUUAUCAUUUUGUACUCCAGGGCUAGGUCACAGAUCUUGGAAACUCCUCAGAGUAUUUUGCUCCUAUCAAGGAUCAGAUUCUAGAGCUUUCACUAAUGGAUUUAGUUUCACUGUAGCUGGAUAGAUCUCUGUUGCUGCCUGUUGCCAUGUGCAUGUGCAGUAACGGCACACUUAGCAACAUCAGGAGCGAGGUGACUUGUGGAUCCCCCUGACUGGCCUCUUCCCCUUGGUAAGCCCAGUUGCCCUGACAGUAGCCUGUUUCUGUUCCAGAUUUGCCUUUUCUGUCUUCUUUGCAUCAGCAAGUCCCCAGUACUCACCCAGGUGAUUUGUAGAGGACCUGUUUGCGUCUUAUAUGAGCCAUGUCCUUAAAGCGUCUGUAUCUCCUUGAUCUCCUGCAAUAUUCAGUACAUGACCACCGUCAUCCCAGAAGGCUUCUGAAAAGAGGGGCAGGAGCAGCCCUGCCCGCACGAAAGUCAGUCCGGCUUCUCCCCCAGGUGGGGAAAGUUUCCAAAUCGUGCGCAUCGGCUCAGGCCCUGCCUGCCCUGGGGGCUUUGGGAGAAGUUAGCUGCUUUCUGGGUCUCUCGCAGUGGGGUAUGCUGGUGGGUCUGAAUCUUUUCUACCUCACAGGGAUGUUGUGAGGCUUUGGAAGGUUAGAGGGUGAAGGCCCCUUGAGCUCUUCGUAAGGCAGGUGGAGUAAAUAUCUGUGAAGAUAAAAUGUGACACACCCUGCUCUGGGCAUAGUCACGGUGGUUGCUUUUGGCCUUUUCUUGGAUUGUCCGCCAUGCCACAGCGCCAGGAACCUGGAGGCCAACCUGGGGGACUUUCAGGUGUUUGGCAUAGAGGUACCAGGCAAACUCCUGCUACACGUGCCCUGAAUGAAUUGCUGAACCGUAAAGGAAAUGGGCCCUGCUUUUUAGGAUGUACAAAAGUAUGUCUGCAUUGAUGUCUGUACUGUAAAUUUCUAAUUUAUCACUGUACAAAAAACGACUUUGCUAUUUAAUUUUUGUAUUAAAGGAAAAUAAAGUUUUGUUUAUUAA